AUGUUCUCCAUGACCAUCGGAGCUGCUGUCUGUCUAGCAACUACCGUUUUUGCUGUGACAAGCCCAGCUACAUUGAACUCCGAUCUUUCAAUCCUCAUCCACAAUGACUUGCAAGAAAGCUCGAGUCCCUGGUCUGAAUCAGGUGUCAUACUUCUGGGUGAAAUGCCCCUACUGAAAGCCACCGAAGCCUGCCAAAGUCUCGGCGAGAGCCUAUGGGCAAGCCACUCCAGAUUCUCAACCAUUAAAAAUGACUUGGAAUACCUCGUCUUCGAGCGCAAAUCCAGUCGCAGUCAGCAGUAUUGGAUUGCCCCCAUUCGCGGUGUUCCGUCCACUAUCAACGCAAAUGGAGAGAUCAGGGAGUCCUCCCCAAGCAAGCGCUUGCCAGUUCUCUGUACUCAAAGUGCGCCCUUUUCUACUACUGAUACCAAAGAUACGAACUCGACGUGGCAAAUCAAUAUCCAGUCAAAUAAUGAGCACAUCACCGGAUUUCGAGACCGGUUCAGCUUUAGAUUUCUUGGGCUCCGAUAUGCUCAAUACGCAAAGAGGUGGACUUAUUCUCAACUCUAUGAAGGCAAAGGCAGAACAGUUUCUGCUUUAGACUAUGGAUCGUCGUGCGCCCAGGGCUCAACUGGCUCAGAAGAUUGCUUCUUCCUUAACGUCUGGACACCAUAUCUCCCAGGUCCUAAAUGUAGUCAGAAAAAUUUAAAGCCGGUAAUGUUUUGGAUCCAUGGAGGCGCUUUUACCAGCGGCAUGGGCAGUGAUCCCACAUUUGAUGGAGGAAAUCUUGCCUCAAGAGGCGAUGUAGUGGUCGUCGCUAUCAACUACCGAUUGGGGACAUUGGGAUUCUUGGCUCUCGAUGAUGGAGAGACAAAGGGAAAUUACGGUUUAGCAGAUCAGAUCACUGCACUUGAAUGGGUUCGUCGAAACAUACAGGACUUUGGAGGAGACCCUGAUCACAUCACUAUCUUUGGGCAAUCGGCUGGCGCUGGAUCUGUGCGAGCACUGCUUGCAUCCCCAAAGGCUCAAGGAAUGUUCGCUGAAGCGAUCAUGGAGAGCAAUUUAGGAGGUCUUGCUUAUGGGACGACUUACUCAAAGUACUACACCAUCUCGCAAGAGAUGGAAGUCGUGGGCAAUGCCAUUGUGAAAGAGGCGAAUUGUUCAAAGCAAGUCUCACCGAUAAAGUGUCUCCGUGAUCUUCCUGCGAUGACAAUCACGGGUCUAAAUGACACGGCACGCUACCUCGUGGUGGAUGGGGAGUAUCUACAAUCCUCCGAGUUGGAUUUGACCAACCGAGCAUCUACCGCGAAUGUUCCUCUUCUGAUCGGUACCACACGAGACGACGGAGCUGCCAUGAUCGGAUAUCCCACAGCGGGCGAUACCAUAAAGACAUUCUUGAAUGAGUCCGGUCUUCCAGAGUCUAUAGCCCCGAGCCAGCUGUUCCCAGAACCGUCGGGUUCCAACCACACGCUGGACAUGUUCAACACCACAGCUCGAGUUGCUACCGAUGGCAUGUUUCGCUGCAUUGACCAGGCAACUGCAUAUGCCGGGAUCAACAACAAGAUCUUCCCAGAGAUUUUCUUCUACGAGUUCAACCGUACAUAUCAGAUGCCAGGCUGGUCACCGAAUCCCCCGCUCUGUAAUGCGCCAAUAACACCCGACUUUCCGAAUGGUGACCCGAGCCAGGAGUACUUCAAAUGUCAUUCCGGAGAGCUAUACUAUGUCUUCGGGAAUGUCCUACGCCAGGGUCUUCCAUUCCGAGACGAAUAUGACCUGCCGUUUGAGCAAUACGUGCUUGAUUCUUGGGCUAGUUUUGCUCGAACAGCCAAUCCAAAUCCGGAUGUGGAAUAUUUGAAGGCAAGAGGCUACGUGAAUACGACUAGACAGGUUGAGACGACGGGACCAUGGACGCCAUUUAGACAUGGUGACUACCGACUCCGACGAUUGCAGUGGCCCUCAGCAAUGGUGGAUUUGGAUGAGACAGAACAGUGUCGUGCUUUGAACUUGCCCCUUAGCUACUAUGACACCCAACUGGGACAGAGGCUCGUCACUUAG